CACCUGCGCCCCGCCCCGGCCGCGCCCGAGCCCGGGAAAGGCGGAGGCGCGCCUUUGCUUAGGGAAGGGCGAGUUCCCGUUGCGACGCGCCGUGUGUGUCCGGGGACAGUCGUCCGCUGCCCUGGGCAUCGCGGAUCCCAGGACGUUCGCGAGGGCCUUUCCCGGUUGUGCGAGACGGCGCCCCUCUGGCCGGCAGGAUGACCAACCCUGCGGCCACGCAGAACAAGGAAAUAGACUGUCUGAGCCCAGAAGCCCAGAGACUGGCGGAGGCGAGGCUGGCUGCGAAGCGCGCGGCCCGCGCGGAGGCCCGAGAGAUCCGAAUGAAGGAGCUGGAGCGACAGCAGAAAGAGAUCUAUCAGGUUCAAAAGAAAUAUUAUGGGCUGGACACAAAAUGGGGUGACAUCGAACAGUGGAUGGAAGACAGUGAGCGUUAUUCACGUAGAUCCAGAAGAAACACAUCGGCUUCCGACGAAGACGAGCGCAUGUCAGUGGGUAGUCGUGGAAGUCUGAGGCCACAGCCUGACCUGGAUUAUGGGGGUCCUUACGCCUGGACAAAUGGUUAUGAUGGAGAAUUAUAUGGAUCCCAGUCCCUGAAUAGAAGAUCUGGCAGGAAUUCCAGCUACAGCAGCAGCGGUGAGGGCAGAUUCUCUACUUUGUCAUCAGCCAGAGAGGAGACGUUGGGACUCUCCUGCUCGGACCUCGGGCUUCCCAGGGGCGGCCUUGCUCUCCUGUCCACCCAGAGCGGAAACCAGCCCUCCUAUCUGUACAGUGCUGCCCGGCCUCCUGCAAGUUACCGGCUGUCCUACUGCCUCAGGCUCCGGGAAGACACGUGCUCGCAUAGGAUUAUUAGCCAGGAAUGGAGCAAAGACAUCAUUUACUUACUCUGCUGGCAGAAAGAAAGAUGGCUUUUGAUUUGUUUGGCAUCUGUGUUCGAUGACAUCGGUCCCGGCGGGACACGGCGGGGUAGUGCCUGCGGUUCCUAUGCUCCUUCGGAGCGCGGCGGCCACCUCAACUCCAGCUCCCGAGCCUCCUCCAGAGCCAGCUCGGCGCGGGCCAGCCCAGUGGUUGAAGAGAGACCAGACAAAGAUUUCACUGAGAAGGGGUCUCGGAGCCUGCCCGGCCUGUCGGCAGCCACGCUGGCCUCCCUGGGCGGGACUUCCUCCCGGAGGGGAAGCGGGGACACGUCCAUCUCCAUCGACACGGAGGCAUCCAUUAGGGAGAUCAAGGAACUGAAUGAGUUGAAGGACCAGAUUCAGGACAUAGAAGGCAAAUACAUGCAGGGGUUGAAAGAGCUGAAGGACUCGCUGGCGGAAGUUGAGGAGAAAUACAAAAAGGCAAUGGUUUCCAACGCUCAGCUUGACAAUGAAAAGACGAACUUCAUGUACCAGGUUGACACAUUAAAGGACAUGUUGCUGGAGCUCGAAGAACAGCUGGCUGAGUCCAGGCGGCAGUACGAAGAGAAGAACAAAGAGUUCGAGAGGGAGAAGCACGCCCACAGCGUCCUGCAGUUCCAGUUUGCCGAAGUUAAGGAGGCCCUGAAGCAACGAGAAGAGAUGCUGGAGAAACACGGAAUAGUCCUCAAUUCAGAGAUCACUACCAAUGGAGAGACUUCCGACACCCUAAAUAACGUUGGACACCGAGGUCCUACCAAGAUAACAAAAGAAGAGUUAAACGCUCUCAAGACGAUGGGGGACGGGACGCUAGGAAGAGCCAGUGAAGUGGAGGUGAGAAGCGAAAUUGUGGAGAAUGUGGGGGAAAAAGGAAUGUUGCAGAAUACUGAGCAAGAACAGCACACAGAGGACCCAGCACGGGAGCGUGCGGACACAGAGGUGUUCCAUGCUGGUGGAAAUGCCGAGGACCAGAAAGCCUCUGAAGACAGGGCCCCCUCACCGGGAGUCUUAGCAGAUGGUCCAGAUGAGGAACCCGUUCCAAACCAGAGUCUAGAGAAUGCUUCCUUUCUUGAAAACACGGAGCAGGUUGAGUCCACACCAGACGACAGGACUGGGGCUUCUCUUGAGCGGUCCGACUGCUUGGGUGAAUUAGAUGGUGAAAUCCCAGGUCCUGUGACUGAGCAGGACAGUUACAAUGCCUUGGAUAUCAACAACCAAAGUAAAGAAUCUGCAGAAACACAGGAAGAUUUGAAAAUCUUGGGAGAGGGUAGCACAGAGCCAUGUCAAGAAUCUGCGUCUCCACAAACACCUGAAAUUGGAGAGCUGGGCAGUGUAGACAUGAGGGAGCGAGGUGGGAGCCCCACAGAGGGUGUGGUGGAGGCAGGGCCAAGGGGGCUUGGGGAGCAGGUGGGCACAGUAGCCUCCAGACCUCCGAGGUAUAACAGUGACACCGUGAGUGAUGAUGAAAAGUACGCGGUAGAUGUCCCCACUGAGUUGGACCCGAGCUCAGGGCAUGACCUAGAGAAAGAGCCCGCCACGCAGGAAGUUGCUGAGCCCAGGGAGCUCCCAGUUCAGAGCACAGCGGUAGGUGAGGAGAGUGAGGAAAAGGUGGACCAGGAAAGGGGGCCGAGGGAUGAGAAACCGAUCCAGACAGAAGUGCGGAACGUGCCUUGUUGUCCAGCAGCCGAAAGCAGUCCUCAGGGAGCAACGGAUGUAGGUGUGGCAGACACAGAAAGCGAGCCCCCAGACACGAAAGAACCCGAGGAAGAAAAGAAUGACCAACAGGGAGAGGCAUUGGAUUCAUCCCAGAAGAAGACGAAGAACAAGAAGAAGAAAAACAAGAAGAAAAAACCACUGGCGCCUAUGGAGACCCUGAAAGACGUUAAGAAAGAGUUAACAUUUCAGAACCCAGACUUAAGUGAAGUUAAGGAAGAAGAGCAGGUAAAAUCUACUGACGAAAAACCAGUUGUAGAAGCACAAGAUGAGGUCACUGAAAGCCCAGAAAAGGAGAGUGUAGCGGGAAGCAGUGAAAAUGUCGAUGGUCCAGAGAAUCCUAAAAUUGAGUCGGAUGAAAAACUUAACCAAGAAGAUGAGAGCGUAAACACUAAAGCGGGGAAAGAAGCAGCCGAUGGCGACACAUCGGGGUCGGGAGAUGACACAGCCCAGUCAUCAGGCGCGACGAAGGAGCCAGAUGAAGCCGUUCGAAAAGACGGCGCUGAACGAGACGGCGCCACCCGCAGCAUUCCAGAACCAGGGAGUCCAGAAGCGUCCGGCGGCACCCUGCUGGAGAAUGAAAGCCCCCCCGAGGACAUCGACGACGCGUCUCACACGGGAAGCACAGAGCCGCAGGGGAUGACGGAAUGUGCCGGUCAGAUAGCCCGGAAGGUUGUAGAGGAUGAGGAUGACCUAGCACCCGCAGGAGAGCCGGGAGCCUCCGAUUCAGAAAGCAAAGACCAGCCGAGAGGCGGAAGCGAGAAGGGCAAAAGCAAAGAGGACUGCACCCUGUCGUAAGUGGAGUUGAGGCUGGCUGUAGAGGGGCCAAGGACUGCACAGUAGGUCCAGCUGUCAGAGGCUCAUCUGCUCUUAACACUGGCGAGGCUCCUAAUACGUCCCCCGUUGAUUCAGACGCACCAUGUGACAGUCAGCCACCGAGCUGCCUACCACGUUGAGUUAUAGACUGUUACUUGGGGAUGGAUACUUCCUCGCGAAGCCUGUCACCCCGAUUAGAAAGAAAGACACGCUUGUAAUCAGUAUGCGUUCCAACGGAGAGCACUCCAGUUGUGUCUCUCAUAACACUUCGUAUUUCUGCUUAAAUUCCACCUAAAGCUAUUUAGCACUUGCCUUAGGCUGAUACUCGUGACCAAAUCUGUCGGCAUACAGUUGACCAAAUGGCAUUCUGAGACUUCCAUAUUGUAAGUACAGUGAUAUUUAAAUUGACUUGUCGCAUUCAAACGUGUGCUUUCAUACUUGAUUUUGAUGUGUACGUUAUGACCUAUGAGGUAUUUUAUUUUAAAAGGAAAUAAACGGCCAAAUAGCGUAUAGGUCACUGAGUGAUAAGAUUUGCACCUUAGGACAGGAAUGCAUCAUGUUAGGGAUAAGAAAGCACUGGGAGAUCUCCCUUCCCUUUACCGCGUUUAAAUAUUUUAUCUCAAACCAAUAACCUUUUGAUCUCAUUGUUAAUGAUACCUGAAUUUGUUUUGUAGAUUUUGACCUCACUCUGUGCUGAUCAUGUACCAAAGCCAUUUUAUACAAAGAUUUUUUUUUUUUUAAUUUGUUUCUGGAAGAGACGUACAUUGAAACUGUAUUUCCUAAUGCGGUAUUUGGGGGGGGGGGCCAUUUCUAAAAUUUUUUAGGUUUUCUUAACCUUAAAAUUACUUCUCUUUCUAUUUGUCUAAGUGUUACUCAAUCCAAAAGGUGACCGUUUUUGUGCAAACUGCUCAGUGGACUGUAACAGGAUAUUUUAAAUAGAGAAUCACUUUUGGUGUUUUGGUAUAAAUAUUUUCCUUUGCUGUUUCUCGGUAUAUUCUUAUUGGAAAAUUCUUGAUUUGAUCUUCCUGAAGGAAAUCUAGCUUUUCUAUACAAGGAAGCCUUUUAAAAAGUAAUUGUAAAGUUAAAUAAAAAAUAUUGUGAAAUGUUAAAAUUACAAAGGACUGUACAUGAUGAAUGCUGUUGACACUUUAUGAGAUUAUAUGAAUUCAUGUCACUGUUACAAGAUAUAAUUGAGUGCAAAAAAAAAGACCAGAACCUCAAUAAAAUUUGAGGCAAGUGUGUUCUUAUGUAACUGAAAUAAAAAAAACCAACAUUUUAUAAUUUGA